CUUCUCUUCCACCACAUCCUUGGCAUCUCAUCCGGAUCGACCAGUACACGCCCCAGUAGUACUAAAGAACCAGUUUCUGAGUAAAACAUGGCGGCGUCGCCUUCCCCGUCCGGCAGCGGCGGCGGCAAGGCCGGCGUGGACCGGAUCAAGGGCCCCUGGAGCCCCGAGGAGGACGAGGCCCUGCAGCGCCUCGUGCGCCGCCACGGCGCGCGCAACUGGUCCCUCAUCAGCCGCUCCGUCCCGGGCCGGUCCGGCAAGUCGUGCCGCCUCCGGUGGUGCAACCAGCUGUCGCCGCGGGUGGAGCACCGCCCCUUCACGCCCGACGAGGACGACGCCAUCCUCCGCGCGCACGCCAGGUUCGGCAACAAGUGGGCCACCAUCGCGCGCCUCCUCUCCGGACGCACGGACAACGCCAUCAAGAACCACUGGAACUCCACGCUCAAGCGCGAGCGCGAGCGCAAGCGCGAGUACUACGCCGAUGCGCGCCCCGGCCCCGGCGACCAGCGCUCGCUCAAGCGCACCAGCAGCGACGGGCCCCCCGGAAGCCCGUCCGGGUCCGACCUCAGCGACUCCAGCCACCAGAGCCUUCCCACCGUGAUGCCGUCAGCCGCUUCUACCGCCGUCACCUCCCAGCAGCAGCUACAACACGUGUACUACCGCCCCGUGCCGCGCGCGGGCGGCGUGGUCCUGCUCCCGGUGGCGCCGCCUUCUCCGCAGGCUCCUCCAGCAACCUCCUUGUCGUUGUCCCUCUCCCUGCCAGGGCUGGACCAGCAGCCCGAACCAUCCCCGCCGCCGCCGCCAACACCUCAAGCACAAGCAAGCUCGCCGUUGAGCGCGGAGUUCCUGUUGAUGAUGCAGGAGAUGAUCCGGAUCGAGGUCCGGAACUACAUGUCCGGGUCGGGCUUCGACGCACACGCCGUGAUGGGCAUGGCCGAGAUCGACUAGUUUCAGCGGCAGGGGUCCAAGACCAAGACAACGAAUCGCCGACCGAUCCCAGAUUCCUUUGUUAAUCAGCAGAGCAGAGGCCUUCGUUCCAUGCUUGCUGCUGUGCUGCCUGCUGGUGGUACUCAGUAACCAGUAGAGUUUAGACUACAGUACCAGAGAGACGGACGGACGGCGAGACCUCCGAUAUCGUCAUGCUGUUCUUGUACAGGAGACAGCACAAAAAGGGAUCGAGAAGAUGGAUCAGGGAGAAGAGAGAGGACUCACUCGUGUUUCUUGGCU